AAUGAACACAACUGACUAACCAACAUUGUCCUCUUCCUGCUGUCAGCUGUUUCAACAAUGUUCAUAAUAUUUCAACUGUUGGUUAUAACUGUGCUUAUGAUAAGUUUCUGCCAUGGAGAGAAUAAACAGCAAUCAGGAAACUAUGACAUAAAGAUGACGUACAUGGAACCUUGUGAGAGGCGAAAUGAUACCAAACAGAUGGGAUUUAUUCAUACAAGAAUGUUGAAGAGUAAUCGAACCCAUGCUUGUGUGAGCGGAUUAUAUGCUCUUCCCUACGGUUUAAGUGACGACAUGCGAGAAACUUGGGAGUUGUUUGUCAAAGGAAGCACAGGCGGUUGGAAAAGAUUCAUUACCUUCAAUAACAAAAAGGCUUGCUCAGAUAAAAAAAGAUUAUUCCCAAAAUGGUUUAAAAUGUUAAAGAUUGAAAAUGUAACUUGUCCGAUUCCACCAGGUAACUACACUUUUGACUGUAACAAUGUGACAGGAUGGAAGUUCACCCAAGCCAAAACUCUAACCUACGGAGAGUAUCGAGCCAAAGUCAAUUUUUACCACAAAAAAGAAAACGUUGGAUGUACAGACUUUCGUGCAGAAAUCAUCCCCAUGGCAGAAGAAACUGAAUGAAACAUCCAAUGUGUAAUUUUAUAAGUACAACAAAAUAAAUAGA